UUGUCCUUGGUCGGCCGGAGCGGGCGGACGCGUGCGCCCCCCGGGUGAAGGGAAGGGAAGCGAAGGGGGGGCGGGGGAGAAAAGGGGAGGGAGAGGGAGGUGGAGGGGGGGGAGAGAGAGAGAGGGGAAGAGAGAGAGAGGGGGGGAGAGAGAAGAGGGAGAGAGAGAAGAGGGAGAGAGAGAGAGGGAGAGAGAGAGGGAGAGAGAGAGAGAGAGAGAGAGAGAGAGAGAGAGAGAGAGAGAGAGAGAGAGAGAGAGAGAGAGAGAGAGAGAGAGAGAGAGAGAGAGAGAGAGAGAGAGAGAGAGAGAACACGAGAACGAGGAACGAGAGAACGACCAGAAGGAGCUAGCCCGGGCCGCCAGCGCGCGCCCCACAGCAAGUUUUCAGAGAAAUAACUUGACCAAGAUGUCCAGUGAUAGGCAAAGGUCAGAUGAUGAAAGUCCAAGUACCAGCAGUGGUAGUUCAGAUGCAGAUCAGAGGGACCCAGCAGCACCAGAACCUGAAGAACAAGAAGAAAGAAAACCCUCUGCCACCCAGCAGAAGAAAAACACCAAACUCUCUAGCAAAACCACUGCUAAGUUAUCCACUAGUGCUAAAAGAAUUCAGAAAGAGCUAGCUGAAAUAACCCUUGAUCCACCUCCAAACUGCAGUGCUGGGCCUAAAGGAGAUAACAUUUAUGAAUGGAGAUCAACCAUACUUGGACCACCAGGUUCUGUUUAUGAAGGUGGCGUGUUUUUUCUGGAUAUCACUUUUUCAUCAGAUUAUCCAUUUAAGCCACCAAAGGUUACUUUCCGUACCAGAAUUUAUCACUGCAACAUCAACAGUCAGGGCGUCAUCUGUCUUGAUAUUCUUAAAGACAACUGGAGUCCUGCUCUGACUAUUUCAAAGGUUUUGCUGUCUAUUUGUUCCCUCUUGACAGACUGCAACCCUGCUGAUCCUCUGGUUGGAAGCAUAGCCACUCAGUAUUUGACCAACAGAGCAGAACAUGACAGGAUAGCCAGACAGUGGACCAAGAGAUAUGCAACAUAAAUGGCGUCUCUUUUGUGCAGUGCGAAGAAGCAGGAGGCCUCUUUACACUGUGCAGCAAAUCUUUAUAGCCUUUACAAUACGGACUUCUGUGUAUAUGUUAUACUGAUUCUACUCUCUGCUUUUAUCCUUUGAAGACUGGGAGACUGCCCAAAAAGGUAAAUGCUAUCACGAGUAGAACUUUGUAGCUGUAGAUUAGUUAUGUUUAAAAUGCCUACUUGCAAGUCUUGCUUCUUUGGGAUAUCAAAAUGUAUUUUGUGAUGUACUAAGGAUACUGUUCCUGAAGUCUACCAAAUAUUAUAGUGCAUUUUAGCCUAAUUCAUUAUCUGUAUGAAGUUAUUAAAGUAGAUGUAGAUGACUAGAAAUUAUGUCAUUUGUAUUAAACCCAGAUCUAUUUCCAAUUAUGUGGUACAUGCUGUUGUGGAAAAUGUUUUACCUUUUACCUUUGUCAGUUUGUAUUGAAAGGAUUUUCUUUUACCCUUUGUAGCUCAGAGAGCGAGCACCUAAUGUAUCAUCUCAAACACAAUAAACAUGUUCCCGGA